UCCAGUUUUCUCUUGCACAGCCAGCAACAAGCCUUGAGUUCUCUUCCCGCGCAAAUGGGAACUUCCUUGGAACUUGGAGCACGCGGAAGAUUUCAAUUCCUUUAAACUGUGCUUUCAGGCGAUUUCCCCAAGAACCAUUUAUCUCCAGAGGAUUAGUGGAAUUUGAUCUGAAGGCUGGUCAUGACAUCUCAAGGUCAAGGUCUGGGAGAUGGUUUGAGGGAAAACUGUAGCAUGAAGUUUCGCCAGACACUUCUGACUAUUGAUGAAAACCUGGGGGCCCAAGAUGUGGAGGCCCUCAAGUUUCUCUGCCGAGACUGUCUCUCCCAUAAGAAGCUAGAGCAGUGCCAGUCAGCCUGGGAGAUUUUUGAUCAGCUCCUGACAGAGGAGCAGCUGACCGAGGAAGAUCCUUUCCUGCUGGCCGAGCUUCUCUACAUCAGCAAGCAGAAAUCGCUGCUGAAGCAUCUCGGGUACACCAAGGAGCAAAUGCAGCGUUUGCUGCCCGCUCAGAGGAGGAUCUCCCUGUUCAGAAACCUGCUCUACGAACUGUCAGAAGGCAUCGACUCAGAACACUUAAAGCGCAUGAUCUUUCUUCAGCGGGACGUGCUUCCAAAAACCGAGAUGACCUCUCUAAGUUUCCUGGCAUAUCUGGAGAAACAAGAUCUAAUAUGUGAGGACAAGCUGACCAUGUUGGAGGAUCUCUGCAAAACUGUUGUACCUAUCCUUAUGACAAAGAUAAAGAAAUAUAAAACGGAGAAAACCUCCCAGGUAGUGAUACCGCCUAUAGACCAAGAAACCAAGUCAUCGCCUCAAGAAGAGGAAGAACUAGUUUCCCAGUUCAAUGGCUUGCUGAAGGAGCCCUGGAAAAAUGAGCAUGUGAGGAGUAAUGAGGAACCAGGGAGUUUGCUGGAACACUUUGAAUCAGUGCAAACCUCAUGCAAUGCUAAAGGUGACGGACCAACAAACUGUGCACUAACCCCUGUCUCCGUGGAGAUGUUGGGAGCAUCUGUCAACAUUACAAAUUCCCAGAUCAUCAAAAAGGAGGCAGCUGUGUACAGGAUGGAUCGUAAACACAGAGGUUACUGUGUCAUUGUCAACAACCAACACUUUAUCUCACGGGCAGAUAGAAAGGGAACCCAUAAAGAUGCUGAGCACCUGUGGUCUGUGUUUCAGUGGCUUGGGUUCACAGUGCGGAUGUACCACGACGUCACUAAAGUACACCUUGAGGAGGUUUUAGAGGAGUAUAAGAGUCAUCCAGGCCACACUGAUGGGGACUGCUUUGUGUUCUGUGUCCUGACCCAUGGGGAAUUUGGAGGUGUCUACUCCUCAGAUGAGGUCCUCAUUCCCAUUCGGACAAUCAUGUCUCACUUCACAGCCCAGCAGUGCCCUGGUUUGGCACACAAACCCAAACUCUUUUUCAUCCAAGCCUGCCAAGGGGAACACACACAACCUUCAGUAUCCAUUGAAGCAGAUGCUCUGAAUCCUGAAUAUACAUCCCCUCCCAUCGGGGAGGAGAGCCUUCAGAACAGCAUUCCCAUCGAGGCAGAUUUCUUGCUUGGCCUGGCCACUGUCCCUGGCUACGUGUCCUUUCGGCAUGUGGAGAAAGGCAGUUGGUAUAUUCAAUCUUUGUGUAAUCAUCUGAAGGACUUGGUCCCAAGACAGGAAGACAUCUUAUCCAUCCUCACCGCUGUCAACAAUGAUGUGAGCCGACACGCGGACAAACAUGGAAGAAAGAAACAGAUGCCUCAGCCUGCUUUCACACUACGGAAAAAACUAGUAUUUCCUGUUCCAUAGGAAGCAUGUUCCUUAUAGUAGAGAGUUUUCAAAGACUCUUAGAGUCACAGACUCUUCAGUCAUUUUGAUCAUCUCCUCUAACUCCCAACCAGUGUAGGAAUCAGUGACAGAUGCUGAGCUGGUCUCUAGUAAUAGGAAAUUCUAGUAAUAGGAAAUACCCCAUUUUCUGGCACAGCCAAUUCUGGGUUUGUUUUGUUUUGAAAACUCUAAAUGUUAGAAAAUUUCCAUUAUUGAAGACUUGGGUUGUAGCCUUGGCUUUAGUUGUGAAGUGGCUUGCAUUUUGGUCCACCAGCCAUUCAUUGUUUACAGGAUUUAUUUUCUACCUAAGUGAACUGGAAUGUCAUGGGACAUAGUUGGACAUUAUAAAUAUUCCCUUGCAUAUGCAGGGGCUCAUGAAAAAUGUCAGGGAAUGAAGAACAGUAACUCUCAGUGGUGCCUGACUUUAUAAUUAUUUACGGGAAAGUCAAAUUCAUUUACUAUGAAUUUGCUAUGAGCAAUAUGUUUAACAACUUUUCUCGGUCAGUGAAGGAUGGAGUGCUGCAAAGGAAAGAGCAAAAGCUCUGGAGGCAGUUUCUAUUUUGUCCUGUGAAUCCCUUGCCCCGAGACACUAACUAAAUCAACCCUGGCUUUUUGAGCCUUAUUUGAGAGAAAGUAUUAUCUGUUGAGAGGAUUAAGAAGAAUGCGUUUAUGUGUGUCCUGAAGUGCAGAGAAGGCAUUUAGGUGGUAGAGUCUUCUGUUAUAACUUAACUGGAAAUGUCAGGGUCUGAUUUCCUUUGUACCUAAUUCCAGCUGACUUAAUCAGCAGCAAAUUGGCACAAGCAAUACUUAGUGACCCCUCUGGGUGAAGAGCUAGUUCUUUCCUCACCGGUUUAGAAUGUCUCCAGCAGCAAGGAGGCCCGCACUUAGCUCUGAAUCCAGGAGGGCAAAACACUAUUGAUGAAGAUACCCUUCAUCAGAAACAUUUGGGGCUGGAUAUAAAAGUUGUGAACCUGUGGUCUAUUUCAUAUUUCUGUUUUGCUGGAACUUACUGCUUGUGUGAGGUUAAAUUCUAGAAUCAGGAAACUUACUGUGAACUUUCUUUUCAGGAGACUCAGCAAGCAAAGGUCACUGGACACAUGUGAGUCAUAGGUGUACACGGGCACGGGGCAUUCAGGCAUCCUUGACUCGUUUCUCCUCAACAGGGUGUGUGCACACUUGACAGAGUGCACCCUGCCAGACUGUGUAAAACAGUAUACUUGUCCGUAUUUAUGUAUUUGUGUGUGUGUCUAUGAAGUCAGAGCCCAGGAACAGAAAGUGGUUUGGUCACAGUUAUUUGGCAGUGCACUAUUGUGUUUCUAGAAGCUGCAGCCAUUGACGGCUGAGACAUUUCUAAAGGAAUUGGGCAGAUUGAGUGAGUUUCCUUUAUGUUUUGCCUAGUUUUGCUGAACCUAAAAAUUGCUGUAGUUUUUUUUUUUUUUUUUUUUACAAAACUUAGGCUAUUGCCAAAUAAAAUGAUAGACAUGAAGACACUUGAUAAAAUAUUACAUAAAUGUUGCAGUUAUUUAAUAUUGAUACUACUGGUGUUUAUUAUUAGAGAUAUUAGUCACCAUAGCACCCUACUGGCCCCCACUUCAGGGACCCAGAAUAGUGGUGGGCAGGUUUGAUAUCACGGGUGUAACCUUAGCAAUAUAUUAGAUUCUGAUGGUGCUCAGGGGAUGUGAAACACAUAAGCUGCUGGUGCACUGUGGGUACUGACCAAUCAGAACAGGCACUCAGUGGUUUAACAAGGGUGAAUGCUAUUGAUUAGCAGCCCUUUUUCAAUGAUGCAGUCUCCACCGAGGCAAAUUAGAGGUUUACCUCAUUUUAUAUAUAACUGUACCAGGCAUGAAUCACAAAAUCUUCCAGGUGAAAUACUUUCUGAGUGAUCUAGCUAAGCCAUUUUCAUCUGGAAUUCAUGGACCCUAAGAUGUGUGUGUGCAUUUAGUCUCAGGGCCUAUGAAUUCUCCACCUUAUUUUCUGAAUGUUGUAAUCCGUUUUUGGUGAUAAUCUUGAAAAGUUGAUAUAAGUGCAUCCUGGCUUUCCUGGAUAACCGCUUCGUAUUUGAGCACUGCCACACAAUGCCAGCACCCACAUCUUGUUGCCUACAGAAAGUAAUGAACUUUGCAUUAAAUUUUUUGUUGUUGCAUGGUUGGGGGUCCAUGGCUAGAAGGCCUCAGAUUUAUUGCCAGGUAUGAGUGAUUAAUCUAUUUGAAAUCUUCUCCAGUCCAUCCUCUCACCCCAGGACAGACUCCUACUCCACCACCCCUCACCUCUUCUUAACUCUUCUAGUGGAAGAAACUCACAACCACAGGUGGAGUCAUAGAUAUGGGAGCUUGGAAAGACCCUGCUGAUCCCGUGGUCCAGUCUUCGGAGCGUUAAGCUACUGGCCAAAAUCUCACAGCAUUAGUGCAGGAGCCUGCAUCUCCUGAUUUGCAAGCCUGUGCCUGUCAGCCACUGUUUCGUUUUUGGACAGCUUUAAUUGUUCUUUUUGCUAUUGGACUUAAAAGCUGCCUUCUUAGAACCUGCUUAGAAUCAUUGUCUCAUUCUAAACUCUGGAGCCAUACUAAACAAGUGUAAGCAUCCUUUGGUGAGCUGUCUAUUAUUUGUGACAGGUUAUUUAACUUUUUUUCUGAUACAGUCUGGGUUUUGUUGGAAGUCUGUAUUUGCUCUUGAGAAUGUGUGAGAAUGCACUGAUACAUUCUUGGCUUUGAACAGGAUCUAAAUUUCUGAAAAUGGAACCCUUUAAAAAAUUUAAAAAUCAGGACAAUUCCCUAUUUAAAGACUCAUUUGGCAAUGCAAGCAGCCAUUUCCUAAAAUAACUGAUGUGUAAAUUUUCAUUUUUAAAAGAGGGUUUACUAAAAAGUUUUUAAAAUUGUUUUAAUUUUUACUUUUUAAAUUUAAUUUUGAGUAGGUAACAUCUCCAUAUUGUUCAAAGAUAAAAACUAUAUGAAUAGGUUUGCAAGAAAAUCCUUGUCCCCAUCUCUGUCCACCAUAUGCCCAGUGCCCCUAGUCCUGCUAUUCCAUACAUAACCCCAAGGUUUCUUCAUGCAAAUGCAAUGAAUAUAGGUAAAUAUUUUAAAAACAGCUUCUUUAUUGAAACAGCACAUACACUGUGAAACUCAUCUCUCAUUUGGUCUCAUCUUAAAUGAUUCUGUAAGAUGCUUGGGAAAUACUGGUACAAUUCUAGAGUGGGAAUAACUUUGUGAGUUUUGUGGCCUGGGUACUUGUACAUAAGAAUUGACCACCAUUAAAAGGAGUUUUUUUUUCUUUUACCUUUGAGUAAAUAUCCUUGAUUUUGUUUAAUAAACUGUUUUUCUGAUUA